AUGAAUGCCACACAUGUGGUUCCUCAGCUGGAUACCAAAUCUUUCUGGAAGGAUCAAAGAAAACCGACUCUAGGCUGGAAAAUAACGGUCCAUGUGGAGGUUCAAAAGGUUCGUUGCAAGGCAAGUUACGAGUCCCUGAAGUUCAGGGCUCCGAUCGAGAAGAUGGGGAAGAAAAUCAUGAAAAUGAUGAGACAGAAGGGUAAAUUCCUAGUCCUCCAUCUUAGGUACGAAAUGGAUAUGUUGGCCUUCACGGGUUGUAAUCGAGGCUGCACCGUUGAAGAAGCAAAGGAGUUGGAAGGACUAAGAUAUUCAAUACCAUGGUCAAGAAAGAAGAAAAUAAAUUCGACCACAACGAGAUUAGCAGGAUCGUUUCCCUUGACACCCGAAAAAACUGCAUCGACCCUUCAAGCACUUGGGGUUGACCGAGAAAUGCAGAAUUACAUUGCCUCAGGUGACAUAUACGGAGGAGAAAAGCGAUUGGCUCCACUGAGAGUAGCCUAUCUAAAUUUGGUGAAGAAGGAGACGUUGUCGCCUCCAUCUGAGCUUUUGCCUUUCAAGAAAAAACCGACUCUAGGCUGGAAAAUAACGGUCAUUUCAAAAGGUUCGUUGCAAGGCAAGUUACGAGUCCCUGAAGUUCAGGGCUCCGAUCGAGAAGAUGGGAAAGAAAAUCAUGAAAAUGAUGAGACAGAAGGAUAUUCAAUUCCAUGGUCGAGGAAGAAGAAAAUAAAUUCGACCACAACGAGAUUAGCCGGAUCGUUUCCCUUGACACCCGAAAAAACUGCAUCGACCCUUCAAGCACUUGGGGUUGACCGGGAAAUGCAGAAUUACAUUGCCUCAGGUGACAUAUAUGGAGGAGAAAAGCGAUUGACUCCACUGAGAGCAACCUAUCCAAAUUUGGUGAAGAAGGAGACAUUGUUGCAUCCAUCUGAGGUUUUGCCUUUCAAGAAGUAUGCAACCCAAAUGGCUGCACUUGACUACAUAGUGUCACUAGAGAGUGACAUUUUUUUGCCGACUUAUGGAGGUAAUAUGGCGAGACUAGUAGAAGGUCAUCGAAGGUACCUAGGUUUCAGGCCGACAAUACAACUGGAUCAGACGGCAUUAGCCCAUCUGAUAGACAAAUACGAGAAAAAUCACAACUGGCAAGAGUUCGAGCAGGAAGUGAAGAGAGCUCAUGAAAAUCGAUAUGGGAAUCCGACAAAAUGA